AUGAACUCUUACUCAAGUUCUACCUCCCUUCCUACUAAUAGUUUGGAGCAGCCAGGUAGUAAUUUGAUUGCUGAUCAUUCUCUUUAUAAGAGCCAUGAAGAACCUCAAGUUAUAUCAGAAGGCAAGCAAGCAAAGACUUAUUUGAGAAAGAAGACCCUUUUCCAGAAGGGAGAGGAAGAAGUAGAAUGUCCACCCAUUAACCACCUAGCAUAUGCUGAUGACAUAGUUAUCUUUUCCGGUGGUAAUAGCAACUCUAUUAAUCUCAUCACGAACAUUCGUCAUAGUUAUGAAAAAAGCUCUGGUCAAAAGGUUAACAAGGAUAAAAGUUUUUUCUUAACUGCUCCUAAAACUGCUGUUGUUAGAGUUAAUAGAAUCAGAAAUUAUACUGGUUUUAUGGACAAGGAAUUUUCUUUCACCUAUUUGGGACGCCCCAUUUAUAUUGGAAGAAAAACGACUGUCUACUUUGAUGGCAUGGUUAACAGUAUUGUCAAGAAGCUUAAUGGCUGGCAUGGAAAAUUGCUUUCAUAUGGAGGUAAAGUCAUUCUCAUCAAGAAUGUGCUUCAAGCCCUCCCUACUUAUUCUCUUUCUGUUAUGUGUCCUCCAAAAGCCAUUCUUAAGCUUAUUGAGAAACAUUUUGCCAAUUUCUUCUGGGGAUACAAUCGGGAUCAAAUAAGUAUCACUAGAGAUCCUGGAAAAAAUUUUGUUAUCCUCUUGACGAAGGAGGGAUUGGGGUCAGAAGAAUGCAAGAUAUUGCCAAUACUUUUAGCCACCAAAAGAUGGUGGAGGUUUAGGACUAUCCCUUCUCUGUGGGCUAUUUUCAUGAACCAGAAAUACUAUGCUAGAGUCCAUCCAUUGAUUAAACACAAUGUAUCUGGUAAUUCUCACUCAUGGCAGAAGAUGAUUCAAGAUAAUUGGACUGGAAAGGGACCUUUGGCUUCCUUAUAUCCAAAUGCUAACAAAAGCUCCAAAAUCCUUAUUAAAGAUUUUAUUCAAGAUGGCAAAUGGAAUAUCCAAAGGCUCAAAGAUUUGCUUCAAGAUGAGUUCAUUCACCAUAUAGAAAAUAUCAACAUUGGUAGGCAUGAUCUGCCUGACCAAGCUUUUUGGGAUCUUACUGAAAUGGGUAAGUAUUCUAAUAAGACGGCUUUACAUCUAUUCAGAGACACAAAGGAGAAAGAUCAAUUCCUUACAAAGGCUAUUUCAGUAUGCUGGAAUAAACCUAAACAUGGAUCAAUUAAAGUAAACACUAAUGGAAGCUUUAUUCAUGGUAAUGGAAAAGUGGGAUUGGGAGGAGUAGUGAGAAACGACCAAGGAGAUCUCAUUAUGGCCUUCUCAAUUCCUUCAAAAUGCAGCAGCAAUAACAUGGCAGAGGCUCAAGCUGCUAUGUUUGGCAUUAAUUGGUAUGUACAAAAUGGGUUCUCAAACUUCACAAUUGAAUUGGACUCAAUGCUUGUAAUGAAUAUGCUUAAGGAGGGUGAUACCAACAACUAUAGGUUGAAGAAGAUCAUAAAGGACACUUCGCAAAUAAUGAACCAGACCAAUAUUAGCCCUAUGCAUUGCUUCAGGGAGGCAAAUGAAGUAGGAGAUUCUCUCGCAAAAUUGGCGACUACUAACUCCGAAGCCAAAUUAUACCUUUCUUUCCAACAACUCCCAAAAGGAACUAAAGGUUCUUUUGUACUUGACAAACACCAGAUGAUUACUGUUAGACUUAAAUAUAACAAAGCAAAUUUUUUUGUUAGCUAA